AAAUUAAAGAUGUGGAGACUGUUGCUGGUGAUAACGCUGUCCAGUGAAGCGUGGACACAAAGCAACUAUGCAUCCCAAGGCAACAGUAUUGAAUAUCAGCCCGGAUUACCACCGAGCACAAUUCUCGAUGGGAAAGUUACCAAAUUGGAUGAGCUGUCUCCAAUAAUAUUUCUCAAUCGUACGAAGGCCUAUUUGAAUUGCAGCCAAGGUAGCAUGCAGGUGGAGUUAAAGUUCGAUGAGCCGUUCUACGGGGUCGCCUACGCGGAUUUCGACCGCAACAGCGCCUGUAUGGUCAAGGGACGUGGGUUUAAUUAUGCUGAAUUGGAGCUGCCUUUAAAAGGAUGCGGCACUAAACAAGAUCCCCAGCGGGUUUUUACCAACAACAUUGUGGUCCGUUUUCAUCCGGGACUCGAAAUGGAUGGCGACGAAGUUAUUACGAUAAUAUGUCGUUAUCCUCCUCCAAUAACCCCCAAACCAUCAAUAGCUGAAGGAGUACUACCACCGAUUCCCGCAGAAGGAGGAAUAGCUGAGCCACCUCUAAAAGGCUUCCAAAUCCUCCUGACAAUCUGCGCACUCCUGUUCCUCUCUCUGCUGCUCUUAGGGCUAGGCUGCUCUUACCUCUGUCUAAAACGACGCAACAUCCGAGUAGUCCACCGACAUCCAUUCGGCAGCGCCACAGGAUCCGAAAUCACAAAGCUCUCUGGCUCAUCACUGGGCCACCUGUCGAUGUUCGAGGGGCUAAAAAUACCUCGCGCCCACACUUUAUUACACACCGCCGCCUCGUCUUCAGGUAGCGAGGCGAACCUCGUGAUCGAUCACUCAGACACUCUUCCAAGUGAUUACCCAAGCGAGAGCCACUCGGAAGUCGGUAUCGAGACUGCUAACGCCUACGGAUUUGACGAGAUAAUCCACUCAACCCGGUCAACCACCUCAUUAACACCCGGGUUGUCCCAAAUCGACGAAGUCCGCUCCUUGCCACCCUCCUCUCUGGACUCCUACGACAACAAGGCCUACAUCCACGACCAGGACAGGAACAUCCACACUAGCUCUCUCUACUCCGAGACCAUCACUGACCUAGAUUCUCGGGUCACCAGACACCCUGUCGAGCCGAAAUUCGACGUACAGAUGAGAGUUAAACGAGCCCCUCCUCCUCCAAGUCCUCUCCCGUCAGAAUCUGACGCCAGCAUCGCCUUGGAGCGGAACUUGACGACCAUUUUGGAACGUGAGGAGACUAUGAGGUCCAUGGAGACUCCCAAAUCUCGCUUGACCACCUUCUCCUACGUUCCAGAGCUCCAUAGUCCCCCUAGCAGCAUGAUAUCCCGCCAACAAACCCCUCCUGUCUACUCCCGGAUCCUCCGGAAACAAGCUGAACGCGAGAGCCACGAAGUAAACACUCAAGGACAACCUGGAACCCUCCACCGACCAAGAUCUUUGACUACUCUGGAAGAGUACUCAGAAACAAGGACGAUGGUUGAUACUCAAGUAACUGAUGCUUCUCAUGCUAAAUACAGAGUAGCCAGCAUCCUGGCGCCCACUCCUCCUCCUCCACCUCCUAUUGUACCGACUCACACCCAUACGUCAAUUCAACAACGCGAACAUAUUCGCGAAGAGGUUGAACCGCUAGUGGAAGCAGUAGUUGCGCCAAGACGCCCAGAAAUCACGACACAUGAAGUUGAUGAUGUGUUCUUGAGGACAGUCACCGAAAAGAAAACCAUUGAAGACGUAGAAAGACACAAGAGACAGGUGACUGAGUACUACAGAAAGCCUGAUCCUAAAUGGGAUGUAACAAUUCGAAAUUAUCCUGCAGACGAAGUCCCUCCUGCGCCUCCUCAGUGGGAGAACUUUUCAGACGUCAGUUCGGCGUCUAAUUUGACGAUUGUCAAUGACCAUCUUCAUAUGAUGAGGUCUGCGGAUGAGGUAGAUUCAACUAUUGAACCUACUUACAGUCGCGCGGAAAUGCCGUCCAGAUCGCCUCAAGGUUUGGACACUGAGAGUGUCGGAGACCAGUGGGAGACCUUGUCCAGGGUGCUGGAGCCGCAGUACUCUGGAGAGCUGACAGAUGAUGAAAGGGAGAAGUGGAGGGAAGUUAUUACUACCGAAAGUACUUUGAGGACUUUGUUAUCAGAAGCGGUCGUUAAGGAAGAUUACGACUUGAUCAGGAAGGACGCGAGGUACCAAACUCUAUUUCCUCCCGCGAAGUGGGACGUUAUUAUCAGGAUCUUGAGUCCUCCGCCAGCUUCCUCAAUCGCUUCGAGCAAGAGUGGGCAGAAGUAUAAGAGAAGCAAAGGUUCGGAAUGGGACAGCAGGUCUAGGAGGUCUUCUCUACCGACCUUGUAUGAGUAUGAUAGUGAUGGUGGAACCUCUAUCAGGACUCAUGAUGUUCCAGGUGCUCCGUCGGAUGAUCGCAAUAGGAGGUUGAGUAUUACCAGGACGGGGAGUGAAAUUGACUUGAGAUCCGAGUCUGAAACCAUCAGGAACUUCAAGAUGCAGAGGGACGAUGUGAGUGUUAGUUCUUAUGACGCUGACUCUAUUGUCAGGUCCCUGAGCCAGCCCAGUUUGGCCAGGUCGGAGUUCGCGGAACAUUGGGGCCUCCCGGCGAGAAACCUGAGGACUUGGGCGCCAGAAACUGAAGAAGUUGCCAGUUCGCCGGAUACCACGCCCAUGGCGAUUAGAAGAGGAGACAGGGUGGAAGUUAUGACUUCUUUUGAUUCGGGAAAUCAUCCGGGAUUGACCAGUACUUUUACCAGGUCCACAAGGUACUCUGAAAGGGAGACUGUGAGGGUGACUGAGGCGGGAAGACCCGGGUGGUUUCACGAUGACUCGGAACCGGAAAUGCAAAUUUAA